AUGCCGGAUCGAUCGCAGGGAGAGAUUUGUCCGAAUCCGCCGCUGGUGUGCUCGCAUUAUUAUCUACAGCCCUCUAGUUGUCUAUUCGACCUGAUCACAAAGUUGGGGAAAAUGCUAUGGGAGAAUGCACUUCUCAACGCGCAAAAGGUGACCGAACUCAAUCCUUCGUCUCACGUUGGAUACCAGUUGACACAUGCAGCGCUGCAUGGUGCGCAACAUUACGAUGCAGCUAUCGAAGCCUUCAAAAUCAUGUUGUCCAAGUUGGACGAUUCUCCCGAAGCGUGGAUGCAAGACAAUUCCUCUGUGCAACACUGA